UCCUGGUGGGGGGACCUGGGACACGUGGUUGGAUGAAGCAGUGCACCCUGGGAACAUGGAGGAAGCAUCUCCUUGACUUGGGGAAGCCAGGGAGACUCCCUGGAGGAGGCAGCUAUGACCUGGGACCUGAAGGAUGAGUGAGCAUCAACCAGGAAGCCCCAGAUCUAAUCUGCAUCUCACGGGCUGCCAAUGCCCAAAGGAUAGCCCACUAGAGCGUGCGUCACCUCUAGACACAUCCACCAGACACUUCUCCUCCCAGCUCGUCUGACCUGUUGCUUCUUCUGACGUCUGCCUGAUCAACCAUCGCUUCCUUAGAGACCCAAGGAAGGAAGCAGACGCAGGAAAUCAUGCCACCGAUAGCCGAACAGCAAUGAGUGGGUGACACCGAGUUGACGUCAAAGACAGACGAGAUUGAGCCCAAGAGCAGCUCACUCUUGAGACUCCUCUCAGCCUCUGCAGCACCAGCCCCCAGGUCCUUCUCAGCACAGCCUGCCGCUGGGCGUCUCCUGGUAAAGUCGUCUUGGCUUGACCUAGUCUGAGGUCUUCAGACCCUUGGACGUUAGACACCAUGGAGAAUCACAUGUUCAGCGUUCAGCAAAUCCAGCCCAACGUGAUUUCUGUCCGCCUUUUCAAGCGCAAAGUCGGGGGCCUGGGAUUCCUGGUGAAGGAGCGGGUGAGCAAGCCCCCCGUGAUCAUCUCCGAUCUGAUUCGCGGGGGUGCCGCAGAGCAGAGUGGCCUCAUCCAGGCCGGAGACAUCAUUCUGGCGGUCAACGGCCAGCCCUUGGUGGACCUGAGUUAUGACAACGCCCUGGAGGUGCUCAGGGGCAUUGCCUCUGAGACCCACCCAUCAGCGUGGGACACCAACGCCGGUGGCAGGACACCAGGCUUGCACGAGGUGUCAAAUAUGAAGGACUUGAACGGGAGCCCUUUUAUCAGCCAGGCCCUAGCCGCCUCUCCAAACCCCAUCUCUCAGGAAAGCCCCCUUUGUCCCCUGAAGGUGAGGGAGAGGCACGCCCAUCUGAUAGAGCUGGAUGGCAAGUCACACAAACCUCUGCCCCUCAGCGUGGAGAAUGACCGAGUCUUUAAUGACCUGUGGGGGAAAGGCAACGUGCCCAUGGUCCUCAACAACCCCUAUUCAGAGAAGGAGCAGAUCUGUAUACAGCAAGGCUGGAAACCCCCGAGAGGCCGCUUCGAUGUCCUGCCACUCCUGCUGCAGGCCAACGGCAACGACCCCGAGCUCUUCCAGAUUCCGCCAGAGCUGGUGUUGGAAGUGCCCAUCAGGCACCCCAAGUUCGAGUGGUUCAAGGACCUGGGGCUAAAGUGGUAUGGCCUCCCUGCUGUGGCCAACAUGCUUUUGGAGAUUGGAGGCCUGGAGUUCAGCGCCUGUCCCUUCAGUGGCUGGUACAUGGGCACAGAGAUUGGCGUCCGUGACUACUGUGACAACUCUCGAUACAACAUCCUAGAGGAAGUGGCCAAGAAGAUGAACUUGGACAUGAGGAAGACAUCCUCCCUGUGGAAGGACCAGGCGCUGGUGGAGAUCAACAUUGCAGUUCUCUACAGCUUCCAGAGUGACAAAGUGACCAUCGUGGACCACCACUCGGCCACCGAGUCUUUCAUUAAGCACAUGGAGAAUGAGUACCGCUGCCGGGGGGGCUGCCCUGCUGACUGGGUGUGGAUUGUGCCCCCCAUGUCUGGCAGCAUCACCCCUGUGUUUCACCAGGAGAUGCUCAACUACCGGCUCACCCCCUCCUUCGAAUACCAGCCUGACCCUUGGAACACCCAUGUCUGGAAAGGCACCAACGGGACCCCCACAAAGAGGCGAGCCAUCGGCUUCAAGAAGCUGGCAGAAGCCGUCAAGUUCUCGGCCAAGCUAAUGGGGCAGGCAAUGGCCAAGAGGGUCAAGGCAACCAUCCUUUAUGCUACAGAGACAGGCAAAUCGCAGGCCUACGCCAAAACCUUGUGUGAGAUCUUCAAACACGCCUUUGAUGCCAAGGUGGGUAGGGGGCAGUGCCAGCUCUCCAGCCCCUCGUGGUUCUCAGUGUUCGGCCUUGGCUCACGGGCGUACCCUCACUUCUGCGCCUUUGGACACGCCGUAGACACGCUCCUGGAAGAACUGGGUGGAGAGAGAAUCCUGAAGAUGAGGGAGGGAGACGAGCUCUGUGGGCAGGAAGAGGCUUUCAGGACCUGGGCCAAGAAGGUCUUCAAGGUAAUCACCUGCCCAGGUCUCAAGAGACCCCGGGGAGAAGUCAUGCCCCGCACGACCCACAAAGACAGAGUACCUAAACCAUCAGAAAUGGCAGAAGCGAGCUACAAGGUCAGGUUCAAUAGUGUUUCCUCGUAUUCUGACGCCCGCAAAUCAUCAGGCGAUGGGCCAGACCUCAGAGACAACUUUGAGAGCGCUGGGCCCCUGGCGAAUGACCCCAGUAGAAGUCUAUCCAGUGUCCACAAAAAGCGGGUCUCGGCUGCUCGUCUCCUGAGCCGUCAAAACCUUCAGAGUCCUAAAUCCAGUCGAUCAACCAUCUUUGUGCGUCUCCACACCAACGGAAAUCAGGAGCUGCAGUACCAGCCUGGGGACCACCUGGGUGUCUUCCCUGGCAACCACGAUGACCUCGUGAAUGCCCUGAUCGAGCGGCUGGAGGACGCACCCCCUGUCAACCAGCUGGUGAAAGUGGAGCUGCUGGAAGAGCGGAACACGGCUUUGGGAGUCAUCAGUAACUGGACGGAUGAACACCGCCUCCCGCCCUGCACCAUCUUCCAGGCCUUCAAGUACUACCUGGAUAUCACUACGCCCCCGACGCCACUGCAACUGCAGCAGUUUGCUUCCCUGGCCACCAGCGAGAAAGAGAAGCAGCGUCUGCUGGUCCUCAGCAAGGGCUUGCAGGAGUACGAGGAAUGGAAAUGGGGCAAGAACCCCACCAUCGUGGAGGUGCUGGAGGAGUUCCGGUCCAUCCAGAUGCCUGCCACCCUGCUCCUGACCCAGCUGAACCUGCUGCAGCCUCGCUACUAUUCCAUCAGCUCCUCGCCGGACAUGUACCCUGACGAGGUGCACCUCACUGUGGCCAUCGUCUCCUACCGCACCCGAGAUGGAGAAGGACCAAUUCACCACGGCGUGUGCUCCUCCUGGCUCAACCGGAUACAGCCUGAUGAAGUGGUCCCCUGUUUCGAUGACAACCGCUACCAUGAGGAUAUUUUCGGGGUCACCCUGAGAACAUAUGAAGUGACCAACCGCCUUAGAUCUGAAUCCAUUGCCUUCAUUGAGGAGAGCAAAAAAGACACCGAUGACCCCUGGGGUCACCUGGAGAGCUACACGACCUGCCCACAAGCUCCCCCGUCAGGGUCUGCUCCCUGUGGGCGAAAGUAUGUGCAGGAUAUCCUGCAGGAGCAGCUGGCGGAACCCGUGUACCGAGCCCUGAAGGAGCAAGGGGGCCACAUUUACGUCUGCGGGGACGUCACCAUGGCCGCCGAUGUCCUCAAGGCCAUCCAGCGCAUCAUGACCCAGCAGGGGAAGCUCUCGGUGGAGGACGCCGGCGUGUUCAUCAGCCGACUGAGGGGUUUUUAG